UCGCUCCUUGGGAAGUCAGUCAAAGAACCCGCUCUUGUCAUUGGUUAAUAAAAAAAAUAGUGAGUUUUGACUCCGCCCCCACUUCGCUGUUUGCGACCCGCGCCGCGGAAGUUGGAAUACAGGCGACCCAAUUUCAGUCUGUGUACACACCCACAGCCGACAUGCUGCAGUGCGGGAUGUCAGAACGGGACAAGCGGACUCUCCGUAAGCUGUCUGCGGUUCUCUGCAAGCAAAUGGUGGUAGACGCGCAACUUGUCCAGUCUCUACAGGCGGACGAAAUCCUUAACGAUGAAAUGGCGGAGAGCAUUCUGAACGAGAAAACCUCUGGAAAGCAAAACUGGCGGUUGCUUUUCCUUCUACCCAAGCGGGGCCCCAGUGCGUUCAACAGCUUCUGCUCAGCACUGCGAGACACUGAGCAGCACCACUUGUGUGACCUGAUAGAGAAACACAGCACAAGCAAUUCGAAACUUCAGCCAGAACGAGAUACGCAAGUGUUGAAGACUUACCCAGAGGAAAUAAGUGAGUUGCAGAGGUUUGUCGAGGCCCCUCUUCCACAUCCUACACAAGAGGCCAUAGCAGCUAAGAGACAACGGACACACGAUUCCAUGGAAACAAGUCUGGAUACCGACUGCCCUAUUACAACCCCAGUGCUUCCGUGCACCCGAGACUUCUACCUGACUCGCUGCAAACAGUCUUACAGGAUGUGUUCGUCACCGAGAGGCUGUGCCUUGGUGAUCAGUAACGUGACCUUCGACCCCUCCACCGCCCCUGACCUCGACCACAGGAAGGGCGGUGAGGUGGACGAGGAGGUUCUCCGGAAGGUCUUCACAGAGCUAGACUUUGUAGUCUCCGUGCACCGGAACCUCACCGCUCAGGCUAUGCGGGAGUGCAUUGAGCAGUUCUGCCAGCUUCCAGAGCACAGGACGGCAGACAGCUGUGUGGUGUGUCUGCUGUCCCACGGCGUGGACGGAGCUGUGUACAGCACAGACGGAGAGCUACUCCAGCUGGACUGGGUGUUUGAGGCGUUCGACAACUCCCACUGCCCGCUCCUGCAGAACAAGCCCAAGAUGUUCUUCGUCCAGGCCUGCAGAGGGGAGGAGAUGGACUGUGGGGUGGUGCAGACAGACGGGCCGGAGAGGACGGGCUCCCCCAGCUGUGAGCAGCGGGACGCAGGGCGGGAGGGAGAGGGAGACCCUGGCUCCAGACGGCCCGUGUCACUGGGCAGGCCCAGGAUCAAGCUGCCCCAGCGCUCGGACAUGAUCUGUGGCUUUGCUUCGCUGAAAGGUCAGAGACUAAGCACUGCAGCCAUGAGGAACACCAAGAGAGGGUCCUGGUUCGUCCAGGAGCUCAACGAGGCCCUGCGGUUGCGCUCCCGGGACACCCACCUGGCCGACAUCCUGGUGCAGGUGAAUGCACGUAUCAAGGAGAGAGAGGGCUUCGCGCCGGGCACUCCCCACCACCGCUGUAAAGAGAUGUCAGAGUUCACCAGCUCUCUAUGCAAUGACCUCUUCCUGUUCCCCAAGUACCAGCACCGGUUUUGACUUCUGAUCUCACACAGACAUACAGACACAUGCACAUGCACAAAAACACACACGCACACACACACACACACACACACACACACACAAACCAGAACAUGCAUACAUAAACACAAGAGCGUAUGCAUUCACAUGCACACAUACAAAAACACACAAACACACACACAGAUCUUUCCUUUUUUUCAGCACUCAGUCGCACACUGGUGCAUUCCAUCUCACUCUUUGCCACACUCUUUAUUUCUACACGUCAUUAUUACAUUCCGCUGUAAAAGCACUUUUUAAGCCCAUUCAUUCAGAGGAUCAGUUAAUUUCAUUCACGUUCAGGAUUGUUUUGUUCAUUUGCUGUUCAAACAUCGGUGCCCUGUCCACCGACACACAAACACACCCAAAUCCUGGAGGGGAAAAGGAGGAAGCUUAUGUUAAUCUACAUGUACUUGGACAUGUUGUGGGGAUGCAUGUGUUUGCAUCCAAUUAGAGGCUGAGCGUAUUCAUGUGUGUUGCUUUCUAUGCCAGUUAUGGGUUUAUUAGGGCUUAUGAUUCAGAGGUUGAGGUUUCAUAGGUUUCUUUUAAAACAAGUUAUUUUUACGUAGAUCUAUUUUUGUUGCAUUAUUUUUUAUGAAUCUGACUUUUAUAGGGAUUUCCAUAUUUUCCAUGUACAUGUUUGUUUUUUUGUAUGUUGUGAACAUUUCUCCUACAGACAGGGGGCAGUAUAGAAUUAUUGCCUGUGCCACAGAAAAAAAAGCACUUGAACCCUGCUUUACUGCAUAUCAGCAGUUCGGGAAUUGUUGCUGGUUCGUCAGUUCUACCAGGCUUUGGUUAAUGCGAAAAGUUAAGAGAGCACAUUGGACCAACACCAUAUUAACAUCCCUUUAUACCACAAUUGUUACACACCUUGAAUACAUUCCCACUGGAGUGGUUAAGCUCCACGUAAACCAAAGACAAAGGCAUGUCUUUUGUAACUCCUCUCCACUCCUCAAGCUGAUGGCCGUCUGGGGCCCCUGACGCCAUCUAACGGCCCUAUUGAGAGCUCUGUUCAGGUCCAUGUCCCUGCUCUUCCCAACCUGGCGUCCGGGCGCCUUUGAGCUGUUAUUGAGCUGUUAUCUGUGAACAUCCUCGCUAGGGUGGAAGCCACUAUAAGCCUCGUGCUGUCAAGUAGCCAUCGAGCCGAACCCCCCCCCCCCACCCAUCCCGGUGGUCCGCCAGGGGAAUGUGGUGCUAGUCGCGGGGGUCACGUAUCUACAUGUCGAACUUCGACCUUCACUAUAACUCCGACGCCUAAUAGUAUUUCUCCGCGUGUGGACCACCCCCUGUGCACUGUACAUUGGCCAGCAGACUGCUAUCUCCAUGGAUACAGUCGCUACACUGUAUGAGGUCCAGAUUGGCAAAAAAAAAAAGUAUAAUUUUUGGCCCAAUCCCAUUUCUACCCCUUACCCCUUCCCCUUCCCCCUGCCCCUUGUUUUGAAGGGGUAAGGGGUAGAAAUGGGAUUGGGCCUUUUUCUUUCUUUGUACAAAAUCUAUGCAGUUUUCAAUGGCAGCUGGGCCUCUGAGUGUUAACAUAUCUUUGGUUUGCAUAUUUGACCACAGGGACUCCACCAUACAGCGGGUGAUCAGGCUCUGCAUGUUUCACCAGGCCAUGUUUCAUGACGGCAGUUGGUUGUUUCCUUAAAAGAAGGUGUGUUUGGUUACCAGGGUGUUAGAGCGAUAGAGGAGAGAACAGUAUUGAGUUGUCAGAUGUCCACAAACAAAAUAUGCAUCAGGUGC